UAAUGAUAGAAAUGAGUAAGGAAUCUACUAUGUAGGGAAAGUCUAAAUUGCCACACAUCCCGCCUUCCGAUGUCCUAAAGGCUAACAUUCAAUGUUACAUGGAUGUGGGCUAGUUAUGUGCAUGUAUCCAUACAUGUACCUAACAUAGAUCUUCAAGGCUCCUAUGGAUUUCCGAACGGUCUGGGUUUUACAACUCCACAACCCACAACUUCACAACUCCAUAUCUCCAUAUUUCUUUACACAUACGCUCUGCAGACUGCAGUCUUAUUGCUGGUCCAUCCAACAUCAGCCUAACAUACCCAGCAUCUUGAAAAAUUUUUAAGGCAUCGCGGCCAUUCGACUUCAAAAGCUUCUCCAAACAUUAGUCGGGCCACCGGGAAGUGUGGAUCUUUCUCAUAAGGUUCCUCUACUAUAUUCCCCAUCAGCGGGCCGGACCGGACUCGAAAACGUCAUGUUACGAGCAGGAAACGAGAGAGAUCCUCAUAAUGUUGUUACUCGCCCCUCUCUAGCGGCGACCACGGGAAGUAGUCAAUAUAGCAAUACUAGUGCGAGCUCCGCAGCCAGCCCUUCUACUACGCAUAUCAGCAAUGACGAUAGAGGUAGCUCAGGAGUCAACUCCCCAUUCCUUAAACUCCCGUUCGAGUUACGUCUAGAAAUAUACGAAUAUCUCCUGUGCUCUCCGGAUGAUAUUAUAAUAUCUGCAAGACGUCGUCAGAUUUAUUGGUACCGUCCACGACUACCUACGUGUGAGCUUCGCCGCCUCCCCCACCGAAUGCCACAUGUAGAGUUGCUACGUACCUGCAAGCAGGUAGAUUCGGAGGCAACCCCCAUCCUUUACAGGAAAAAUAAAUUCCUCGUAGUCUUGCCUUAUAAGGCACCAUUCUGCCCUAUGAACUUCUUCCUGUGGAGUUUACGGCGAUCGACCAUGUCUAAUGUGACCUCUAUCACUUUCGUCUUUGCCUGUCGCGAUAAUUGCCCGCUGUGGCUCGAUUUAUGCCCCAUCAUCAAAGGGAAAUUUAUGAACCUGAAGAAAUGGACUGCAACGGGACCACAGCUGGCCAAAUUGUGUUUCCCGUAUUAUAGCCAGCCACAUUGGCUACCUCUAUCAGGCAGAAUACGGGACGUGUAUGCUCAUAUUCGUAUUGAAGCCUUCCAGGAUAAAACUGCAGUACUGAAGGGAUACUACUGUGGCAGACACAGGGAAACGACACUAGGCAGGCCGGGCCGCAAGAAAGAACUGGCACCGAUGAGAUUCUAGUUCUUUAGAUUGCUCAAGUCUAUUUGGCUGCCUAAACCACACACGCUAACACACACUUAGUCUUGUUGCUCUACAUUUACGGUUUUGUUGGAUUUCAGCGCGGAUAGAGCGUGGGGAAAACGAGCUCCAGGAAAGUUCUGAUGGUAGUGAGGGUAAUAUGAUACCUCUCGAACAGCGUAAUGUGACUUUCAAAUAAACCUAGUUCUUAGCGAAAGGGGUUUUCACUGGGCGAAAAUCCUUUGGAUACAUGACCUUACGUUACGAUGACUGAUCUUAUAUCUUUAGGCAACGAGGGAGGCUAUCAACUGAUACAUGUUGAUUGGCUUGGAACUACACUUAUUGGUGGUGACGUGUCUGCGUUCAUGUAACCUGCUCGUAAUUUAUCUUGGUCAAAAGAGCCUAUUAUAUUACGGUAGAGAAAAGGGCUAGGGUGGGAUUCCUAUAGGAUAGAAAUCGGUAACUUAGCCUCGUAUUACUUAUUAAAUGACUUCCAUCUACUAUCAAG